AUGCACAAGGUGGUCGUGGAAUAUAUGCAAGAAGUAAUUGAAUUUGAGGUAUCCCUGGAUGAUACGCUCGAUGUUCUUAGGCAGAAAAUAUCAGACAGAAUACGUAUAGAUAAGGGCAAGAUACGAUUAAUCCAUAAAGGAUCUGCCUUGAAUGACCCGGGAAAGACUCUCAGUUCCCUUGGUGUCUCUGAUGGUUCUGUCAUAUAUGCUAGCAAGAUAGACAAAGAAGGAACAGAGAUAGAUAUAGUGUAUAAACCAGAGGUGGAAAAUACUGGAAUGAGGGACCCUGCCAUGAAGAAAGUCUUCAGUAAUCCGGACAUAAUGAAGGGUUUGCUGGAGAUGCUGCCAGAGCUGAAAAACGAGAAUCCAGAGCUGAAAAAGCUAAUGGAAAGCUCAGAGAUGAUGGAGCAGAUGUCAAAGAUAGCAGAUGACCCGGAGUACAUGAACACGCAAAUGAAGAACCUUGACAUAGCAAUGGCCAAGCUAGAGACCAUCCCAGGUGGUUUUAAUAUGCUCAGGGGGAUGCUUAAAACGCAAAAGGACCCAAGCGCCAUGCUUGCCGAGGAAAGAGACAGAACCACAUUCAAGGAAGGUUCUGCAACUGCAAAGCCGUCGGGUCAGCCUGUCCCCAACCCCUGGGGAAAGUACAACUUCAAUCCUAUAUUGGAGUAUAGAAAGCAGGUGGAGUACAUGAAGGAGUGCGGAUUUACGGAUGUUGGGUCAAACAUAAAGCUGCUGAUAAAGCACCAUGGGGAUGUGGAUAAUGCAAUUAGUGAGAUAAUUUCAGGGAGUGCCAUGAACUCACCAAUCCCUGACAAGUACAGAUGA